GGGGCGGUGCUGCGCGUGCGCGCUCGUCCCGCGCGCCCAGAGGCGGCGCUCGGAGCUCGGGGGCCUCCGCUCUGCGCAGCCCGCGAGCGGUCGGGAUGCUCCCGGAACUCAGCGAGCUCCUCGGCACCUCCCCCGACGCGGCGGAGCAGGGGAAACUGACUCUACUCUGUGACGCCAAGACAGAUGGCAGUUUUCUUGUGCACCACUUCCUUUCCUUCUACCUCAAAGCUAAUUGUAAAGUCUGCUUUGUGGCACUCAUCCAGUCCUUCAGUCACUACAAUAUCGUGGGGCAGAAGAUGGGUGUCAGCCUGACCACGGCACGGGAACGCGGGCAGCUUGUGUUCCUCGAGGGUCUCAAGUCCUCCGUGGAUGUCUUCUUCCAGCCACGGGAGGAGCCACACCCCUUGCAGUUCCUCAGGGAGGCCGAUGCCGGGAGCCUGCAGCCACUCUUUGAGUUCGUGCAGGAGGCCCUGAAGCCCGUGGCUAGCGGGGGAGCUGCGUGGAGGUGCCCGGUGCUGCUGGUGGAUGACCUCAGUGUGCUGCUGAGCCUGGGCGUAGGGGCAGUGGCCGUGCUGGACUUCGUGCACUACUGCAGGGCCGUUGUGUGCCACGCACUGAAGGGGAAUGUAGUGGCCCUUGUGCAUGACAGUGGAGGUGCUGAGGAUGAGGAGGACGCCCUCCUGCUGCAUGGCGUCGGUCACCAGAGCCACCUGAUCCUGCGGGCUGAGGGCCUGGCCACCGGCUUCUGCAAGGACGUUCAUGGGCAGCUGCAGAUCCUGUGGAGGAGACCGUCACAGCCCACAGCGCAGCAGGGUCGGAGCCUCACCUACCAGUACAAGAUACAGGACAGGAGCGUGUCCUUUUUUGCCAAAGGGAUGUCUCCUGCCAUUCUGUGACCUGGCCAGCAGCCGCUGCUGCUCCCUUGGGCUGUUUGAGGAUGUGAAAGCUGACACAGGGGAGUGGGUCUUUACGCCUCUGCAGCGGUAUUUCAGGCUGCACCAGCAGCUACGGGCCGAGGGACCGCUGCUGCGCCAGUUUGCGUGAAUACGCCCGAGGGAGCCACGGCCCGCCUCUGCCUGGAGGGCUGCUGUGUGUCACAGCCGGGUGAGAAGGGUCCUCUGACCCUCCGUGUAAAGACAUUAAUCCCAGCAGCCCCGUUUUGGUGCCUGUGCCUUUCAGGGCCAGAGUGGCCGUGGAUGUGCCAUCCAGGAGGCAGUCCUGGCUGGCAGGCCUCCUCGCUGGCACCAUGGCUGGCAUAAAGUGAGCUCCCACAUCACAGCCUCCCGUCGAGCGUCUCAUUUAAUCUUAACCUGCGUCCUGCAGAGGUGUCUUCCCAUAGGUCUGUUGGAGGAGCAGGCCAGCAGAGCCUCUGAAGCACGCCAAGGGUCAGAGCAGCCUGCAGGUGACCGAGGCCUGACCCUCGUGGAAGGCAGAGGUGUGCUCAGCCUGGUUCCUCCCGGUUCCCAGGUGUGGGCCCACACACCAGUGGGCACCACAGCCAGGGCCGAGGCACACGUGGCCUUGUGAGGCAUGUUCUUGCUGCCAGGCAGGUCGGGGCAUCCCUGCCGUGAAGACCGCAGAGGUGAGCUCGUGCCGUACCCUGAGAUACGGACCUGCCACACUCAGCCCUUCAGUGAAGAGCACCUCAGAGUGGGCCUGGGAAGGGUCUGUCAGAAUCGAUACAUUCACGGUUGUGGGUGAAAUUGUAAUAUUUCCAGAAUAUCUUGCCCGCCUUCAGUACAUCUACAUAUCAAUAGGCAUUCAGAGGGGGGACAUGAAGUAUAUGACUUUAGUGCAUUUGCGUCAUUCCUCACGGGUGGAGAAGAGUUCAUCUCCAUGUCAGUGGGUAAUCACCUGGGCAGGGAGGGCUGAUCUGUACCUGAGAGGAGAGAGUAGGGCCGGUGUUGCCUCUGCUGGAGCAGGAGAAACUGCCCCAGACUGCAGUUUAUAAGCAAUAAACAGAAUUUAAACUUCA